AUCGAUGGCGGAGAAACCUGGAUUGGGCUCCGAUGGAGGCGCGUUACUGACCGAAGACCCCAACGUUAACUACGGCACACAGAGCGCCGUGACGGAAAAAUAUGGAUUGGGCUCCGAUGGAGACGGGUUAUUGGCCGCCGAAGACGGUGCCCAACAAGGACAAGAUGAGGUGAUCCCAAGCACGCUACAGCAAGGGGAAGAAGGGCAAGGCCAGAUACCCCCUGACAACCACGCCGGCCUCGCGUGGUUCAGCUGUCUAUGCUGCUGUUGGCCGAUAGGCCUGUAUGCUGUCAUAACUUCGCACACCGUGUAUGGAAGAUGGAAAGGCGGCGACUGCGAGGGGGCCAACCGAGCAUCGGAGAACGCGAAAAAUGCCUCCAUCGCGGCCAUCUUGAUUGGGACCAUUUUGUGCAUUGUCCAAUUGACGACUGCCGUGAAUUAGUACCCAAGGCUCGACCAACCAAACAUCUCCAUGGACGAGACUACGCACGAGAGAUGAAUAUCUGCCUUAGCCGUUGCCUUUCUACUCGUUUGGCGUUUUCUGGUGUCCGAGAAGACCUUCAGAAUAUAGCACCUUUGUAAAACGGACAAGUAGGCCGCCGGCAAUGUUUCGGUGUAUGCAUACGGCAGUGCGACAGCGAUGCAUUUCGACCCUUUCACGGCGAAAGAUGGUUCGCUAGGAAACUCCCUUGUUGCCGGGGCAGCCAAAGAUGGAAAACGGGACGUUGUGCAGGCAGGCGGUGCCAUGGAUAAUUCCCGAUAGAUGUGGAUGGCGGCCAAUACCUGAUUUCUCGGUGAAUAUAUGGAGUCGAACACGUGCAAGUAGGAUGGGGCAUCUCAGUAUAUUCUUCCUCUGUCCCAUAAGUCUAGUCGGUUAUGGGCGACAAGUCGUUCGUGUACUUAGAGGUUGAAACUAACAUUAUAGUCGUUAGGUUCGUUGGAAAGCUGGCGCGUCGACGAUGCUGAUGAAAAAAAGAAAAAAAAAGGUAGUGCUUGACUACAAACAUAAGGUCAGAAACAACCCAAUUUUGGGAAUUUCUUGAGAAUUUGGAGGCGAAGUAUGGGAACCCCAAGUGUCUUGGUUUUAGUGUGGGUCCACUAUUUUACUGGAUUUGUUGUGGGGGGCGCGACAUGGAUCGUUGAGUAGAGGGGGGGUUG